AACAUAAUAUAAUAUAAAUAUAAAUACAAUAUAAUAUAAAUAUAAAAUAAUAAAAAGAACAUUUUAAUGAUGUUUUUGUGAAGUGUACAGUAGAUAGAUGUGAAGGUUAGCGUGUUGAUGGCGUGCUUCAUCAGGAGAGCUGUGUCCUCUCAGCUUUCAAGGAUCUGUGGAGUAAAGGAAGAGGUUUUCAUCCCCCACCUGUCUGCUGUACCUGUGUCUAAAAAACAGUUUGGUCCUGAUCUGAGGAUAUCGCUGAGCUCUCUGAUACAGAAUGGAGUUCUACCAGCUGAUCAGGAUCUUCAAUCUCAGACAGAUCUGCUUAUCAGACAGUUAAAAGGCAGCAGCACUGUGAUUGAGGACGUGUCCUCUGGACGUGGCGUUAUCAACUUUAGAAUCAACAAGCUGCUGCUGGCUGAGGAAUUAUUAGGAGACAUCUGCAGAGAACCUGAGGGGUUUGGAGUGAAGAGUGAAAUCCUCCAGAACCUUCCGAGAGGGAGAACCUUGGUGGAAUACAGCUCACCAAACAUCGCAAAGAAGUUUCAUGCUGGACAUCUGAGAUCCACCAUCAUCGGUAAUUUCAUUGCUAAUCUGAAGGCGGCGUUGGGAAAUGAGGUGAUACGUGUGAAUUAUUUAGGAGACUGGGGAAUGCAGUUUGGUUUACUGGGAGCAGCGUUUCAGCGUCUCGGUUCUCAGGAGAAGCUGAAGGAGAACCCACUGCAGCACUUAUUCCAAGUGUACGUGCAGGUGAGUCGGGAGGCGGAGCAUGACGAAGGCGUUCGAUUGGCUGCUGCAGAGUUCUUCAGGCGACUGGAGCACCACGAUGAACAGGCUCUGUUACUAUGGAAACAGUUUCGGGAGAUCUCAGUUCAGGAGUACAAGAAGAUCUAUCAGAGGUUAGGUGUUUCCUUUGACCAUUACUCAGGUGAAUCAUUCCAUCAGAACAAAGCUCAGCAGGUGCUGAAUGAACUAAAAACACGAGGCCUUCUGAAGAUCACUCAGAAAGGAACAGGAGUGGUGGAUCUGAGUACAGAAGGUGACAUGUCGUCCUAUUCAUCUGUAGUGCGCAGUGAUGGAACCUCACUUUACAUCACCAGAGACGUGGCUGCGGCGCUUGAUCGUAAAGAGGAAUUUGACUUUGAUGAGAUGAUUUACGUGACAGAUAAGAGUCAGUGUCUGCACUUCCAGCAGCUCUUCCACAUCCUCAGACUGAUGGAUCGCCAGUGGGCCGACAGGUGUAUACAUGUACCGUUUGGGUUAGUGAAGGGAAUGAGUACACGCAGAGGUGAGGUGGUGUUUCUGGAGGAUGUGAUAGAUGAAGCUCGCAACCGAAUGAUUCACAACAUGAACCAGUCCAAAACCUCUAAAGAACUGAGUGAUCAGGAGCUUACAGCAGAGCAGAUAGGAAUCAGCGCUCUCAUCGUUCAGGACUUUAAAGGACGGUUGAUAUCUGAUUAUAAGUUUGACUGGGAGCGGGUGCUGCAGGCUCAGGGUGAUACUGGUGUUUUCCUGCAGUAUACACACGCACGUCUGCGCAGUUUGUUAAGGAUGCAUGGAGAUGCAAAUCAAACAGACUUUGAUCCUUCACACCUACAAGAAGAUCAAAGUAUUUUAAUUCUGCAGCACCUGCUCAGGUACGAUGAGGUUCUGCUCCAAUCAGCACUUGAGCUACAGCCUCGCUACCUUGUCAACUUCCUUCUCACGCUCUGUCACUUGGCAUCGUCGGCACAUAAAGCUCUGCAAGUGAAGGGAAGCUCUACACACGUGGCUCAGGCCAGGCUCUGCCUCUUCUCCUGCACAUGCUCAGUGCUGGCUAAUGGGAUGAAGAUUUUGGGUAUUACACCAGUGGAGAGAAUGUGAAUGAUUCUAGAGUUAAUAAAAGUAUUAAAAUAAUAAAGGUUUUAAAUUUUUCAUUUUGUGGAUGAUUAAAAGGAAAAUGAAAUGGUGUAAACA